AUGGACCAGAGUUUUUUAUCUCGUUCCCUCUGGACCAGUGAGGGUAAAUUCCUCCAGCACCACGCGACAGACCUCUAUACCAGCGUGCACGUCACUCGCAACAUCCCAGCUGGGGCACAGUUCGGCCCGUGCAUCCUUCAGAAUACUUUCUAUGACACGGUCGCCUUCAUAGCGCUCAAAUCCCGCGACAAGAGAAGCAAAUCAUACGUGUUCAGAGUGGACCCCGAGGCUAUGCGGAGCUCUGCUCUAGUGCUGUCCUGGCUGCGACUGGUGCAGGCGGCGUGUGGCAGGGAGGAACAGAACACCGAAGCGUUCCUGAAGGGAGGCCAGCUGUAUUUCCGGACCACCAGGGACAUACGUCAGGAAGAGGAACUGUUGGUGUGGUAUGACCAGGAAUUGUCACAUCUACUGGGCUUCACUGACAUCUCAGCCAGAGGACAACAUGAAGAGCUUAAAUGCGCAACAUGUAACCAGGUCUUCAAGAAUGAGCAUCCCUAUUUGGCCCACUGCCGCUUCCUGUGCGCGCAGGUGAAGUAUGACGCGCUGAGCAGAGAGGCCUACGAACACAAACACAUGGAGAUCAAGCGGCAACGACGCGUCACAGACUUCCACAACAUCGCUAGGGAUCUGGAACAUAAAAGAUACGGCGCUAGUGAAGACGCAGAGAUUUCCCCGCGGAAAUGGAAACACGAGGAGACGGGUUAUCCCCGAUGGAGGAAACCUGUGCUACUUGAGAAAACCAACAUAUCGAACAACAACAACAACAUCACACAGAUAACCAGAGACUACCACCCCACUGCGCCAGAGUCAACUGGCUCUGCAUUGAAACUGAAGGCGGAGAAGUACCAGCUCAAAAAGGACCACGUGGAAUGUAAAAAUAGUGCGUUUACAGAGGUUGGAGCAGCGAAAAUUAGUUUUACGCAUGAGAAAGAAAAGCCAACGGAGGCUGAUUCUGAGACAGUGCGGGAGAUGAGCGCUGAUUUAAACUCAAACAGCAACAGCAGUGCCUUUUCAUUCGUUCUGCGCAGUGGAGCGGAGGAGCAGAAAAGCGCUUUCUGUAAACCCUAUAAAAGGACUUCUAACGGCUCUACAGCGCACCCAUCCAACACAUUACCUGCUCAAUUGAACCGCCUAGAGGAUGUGAGAGACGUUUUUACUUCAAAGACGGUUCUGGGAUACAACAAUCUAUUGGCUACUAAUAUGUUGAAUGGUGAUUUACCUCGCGCACAGACACUACCUACACAGGUUAAUGGAAACGCUUUCCCGUACGCGCCAGAGCACUGGUCCAGGAGCAUUGGAGACCAACUACAAACCACGUCGUCUUUAACAAUUCUUCCACCAACGUUUACCUCCAUUGGGGUGUCAGUGCAAAACUGGUGCGCCAAGUGUAACCUCUCCUUCCGCAUGACGUCUGACCUAGUGUUACACAUGCGCUCGCACCACAAGAAGGAGUUCGCGGCGGAGUCCCAGGUGAGGAGGAGGCGAGAGGAGAAACUUACCUGCCCUAUCUGCCACGAGUUCUUCCGGGAACGGCACCACCUUUCACGUCACAUGACAUCGCACAAUUAAAACCCAUUUUGCAUAUAAGAAAAGCCAUUAGAAAACGUAUAUUUAAAGAAAACGACAUCGGACAUACUGUAUGUAAUUACAAGAGUAGAACAGAGUAAUUUAGAGUAAUUAAGCAUUUAAUGACAAUUUGAAGUCACCAACAUCUUAAUGUAGGACCAUCCACUUGUGAUUAUCGAUCAUUACGCAUUAGGGCGUAUUUGGGCACGUAGGUUCUCAUUCAGGAUUUCACACAGUGUCCACUAGAUGUCCACAGAAUACGAAAUUGAAUACACAACAUAUUCAUUUUGAUUAUCUGCACAGUGGGUGAUAGGAAUGUUGUGUAAUAAGGAUUAUAAGGUUCUAUCUGCAUUUUUGUCAAAAUUGAGUUAUUGACAUUCUUGUUUUACUCAGUGUUCUAUAUCAAAUCAAAUCAAAUGUAUUUAUAUAGCCCUUCGUACAUCAGCUGAUAUCUCAAAGUGCUGUACAGAAACCCAGCCUAAAACCCCAAACAGCAAGCAAUGCAGGUGUAGAAGCAUAGUACUCUAAAUACCCCAAUUAAUGUUGGUAAGUUAACAAAAACAGUACACAAUCAAAAUUACUGACACCAUUCAAACGGCUCAAACGGCUCAGAAGACAAUUAUCUCAGAAUCAUAUUUUUUGCAGAUAUAACCUUAAAGUCCCAAGCUCUCGGUAUGUCUGAUCCGUGCCUUAUGAAACUCAGGGUGGGACUGAAGAGAGAGACUGAAGGUCUCUUGCAGCUCUUGCUUUUGACCUCUGAUUGUUAUAAACAUGUUUUCAAUGUCUAUUACUCAAUGUUUGACGAGACCUACAGUAUUACCAGAGCUUGUACGGAGAUAGAUGUGUAGAUUCAUUUAGCUUUUUUUGAUGUAAAAACAACAACAACAACAUCAGAUCCAAACUCCACUUGCCCUGUGUUUUCUUUAAACUUCCAUAAAGACAUUUUGUGUGAAACAUAUGGACAUUGUAUUACUUGACCCACUAUAUUUCCUGGCUUCACCCAUAUGUGACACAAGACAUACAACCUGAACUAUUUGUCCCAUUUCAUUUUGGCCCAUUUAAUGUAU